AUGACCAAGGCUCAGCGAAAGCGAGCCCAAGCUAAACAAGACCGUGAAGCUGCAUUGGAACUGGCAGCUAAGUACCGCCAACGAAAAGUGGGAAAAUUGGUUUCAUUCGAUGAUGUUGCCGCUUUGCUUGACGGACCCUACAGUAUAUUCCACUCAAAGCCUAUGAUCGACCAAGACAUUCCGUUUAUCAAGGGUAUCCCUCCGCUACCCAUUGUGACGGAGGCUAUUCACGCUAUCAAGACAAGGCAGGACAUCGACCUUCUUGACUACUGGCCAGACUACGGCUACGCUACAUUUGAUCAGCUGGACGCUACGGCAAGCAUCCUGGAGGCGCGUCAGCGAUUCGCGUUGGUGAUGCGCACUACAAAGUGGAUUGACGAGGUGGAGUGGCGUGUUGCAGACCUUCGCGAGCCGUUCACGGACACGAGGGCAACCACAAAGGUAAGAAACAAUUCACAGCAUUUGAACUGA